GAGAGGUGACCUCUGGAGGACACUAUCGGACGUACACCCCGCCCCCAAUACUGGACGACGUUACCGAGACAACCGAGUCAGAGGCAAAAUCUGAUGACAUCCUGGUUCGUCACACGCCGUCUCCUCUUGAGUCAAUGGCGGUGGAUAAGGAGAGCGAGACGUCGCUGGUCGAUGUCCCUGAGGACGCCCUGUCGGCCAGCUCUCUGUCCCAGUUCCAUACUCGCAUGCGCCCGUACCUGUGGAUGCAGUAUCCGGCGGGAACCACCGCGAAAUCAACGUCAUCAUCAACCAGAAAUGGAAGGCGAUCCAGGCAACUAGAAAAGACAGUAAACAGCGACGGAGAUCAGAGGUGAACUCGUUGGGGGGCGUGGUGGGGGCAGAGCCAGACGAUGACGAGGAGGCGGGGGGUGGCAGGAGACCGCAGAGACGAGCAGCGAAAAAUCUCGCCAAAAACGUCUACUCCAUGGGUGCCGAGGAGGACAUGGAGUUUGUCGACUCGCCAGCUAGCACCGGAACCAGUUCGGCGAAGGACACGCCCCCCGUGAAACCGGGAGUGGGAUCGUCACGGCGAUUGGGAGAGGGCGGGGCCAGGAGGGGGAAGGGGGGAGGGAGGGAAGGGAGAGUGAAAGGUCGGAAGCGAGGAGGCAGUCUGAAAGUACCUCCGAUGAAGAUAAAGUUGAUUGGAAGAACUGGUGUCUCUGACAGUCCCAUUUUCUUUGCCGAGAGUCUUGGAGAGCAGCAGUGGGAGGAGAGUUCUGAGGGAGAGAAAAUGAAGAAACUCGGAGUUGACUCUGAGAACAGCUCCCUUCAUCUUGGAGACAGAGAAGACGACGACGUCUCAGUUUACGAGGAAAGCAGCAUAAGGGGUAGCGAUUCAGAGGACGAGGAAGACGAUGAAGAAGAAGAUGAUGACAUCGACAGAAAAGAAUCAGAAGACGAACAUGCAGAUUUCUGUCAGACUUGCAAAGACGGUGGCGAGCUUUUAUGUUGCGAUUUCUGCCCUCUUGCCUACCAUCUGAAAUGUCUUGUGCCGCCAAUGGACAAAAUUCCAGAUGGAGAAUGGCACUGCCCACGAUGUCAGGCAAGGGCAGAGCCACUAAGUGGUAAAGUGGAGAGACUGGUAACAUGGAAGUGGGCGGAGCAUCCUGUAAAAGGGGCGGAGUCAGAAAUGGACGAUGAUGUCAUCGCAGAUGGUCCGGGGAGUGCGAAAAAACAGGCACCUCCAAAGAAGCACAGGUUUCGCGAGUUUCUUGUCAAGUGGAGAGGGAAGUCGUACUGGAAGUGUUCCUGGGUCUCGGAGAUGAGGUUGGAAGUCCAUCGCCAAGUGACGCUGCGUACGUUCAUGAGGAAACACAACAUGGAGACUCCGCCCCCUAGCAACCUCCCACCGCACGUACGUCACCGUCACAAGCGAAGAAGCACGACGUCUCACCCUGACGAGAAGAUGGAAGAACAGGAACUGACGUUGCUACGAGCUGGCGUUCGUCCCUCCUCCCUCCUCAUUCAGAGAGUCAUCAACAAGAGGAGUAAGAAGGGUAAGACGCAGUACCUGGUAAAGUGGAAGGAGUUACCGUAUGAGCAGUCGACUUGGGAGGACUUGGCUAAUGAGACGUAUCUGAAGGGGUGGAAGGAGGCCAUUUAUGACUACAAUCAGCUGAGGCAGAGAAUGGACCCAAGGAAACUGAAGAAGGCGGAAAAACGAAGAGGAAAAAUGAAAACGAAAACAGAUCCAGCAGAAAAGUAUGAGGAACAACCUUCUUACAUCAUCAACGGAACUCUGCACAACUAUCAGUUGGAGGGAGUCAAUUGGUUGAGGUUUUCGUGGUUACAGAAAACUAACACAAUUCUUGCCGAUGAGAUGGGGCUCGGGAAGACGAUACAGACAAUCGUUUUUCUUUACUCCCUCGUGAAAGAGGAUCACAGCAACGGACCAUUUCUAAUUACUGCCCCCCUGUCGACCAUCGUCAACUGGGAACGGGAGUUUGAGAUAUGGGCACCGGACCUGUACGUCGUCACUUACAGUGGAGACCGGGAAAACCGGGCCGUUAUCAGGGAAAACGAGUUUUCUUUUGUGGAUGGGGCGGUCAGAAGCGGCACUAAACUCUUCAAAAUGAAAAAAGAGGUGCCCACCAAGUUCCAUGUCCUUCUCACUUCUUACGAGUUCAUCUCGGUCGACUCCACAAUUCUCCAGUCCAUUGAUUGGGAGGUUUUGGUUGUGGACGAGGCUCACAGACUAAAAAAUAAUCAGUCGAAAUUUUUCAGGGUUCUGAAUACAUAUUUCAUUAAGUACAAAUUGCUACUGACUGGCACACCGCUUCAGAACAAUCUCGAGGAACUUUUUCACCUCCUUAAUUUCCUCAACAGAGAGGGCUUCAGUUCCCUGGAGGACUUCCAGGACGAAUUUCAGGACAUAUCGAAAGAGGAACAAGUGAAGAAGUUGCACGAGCUAUUGGCACCUCACCUUCUUCGACGACUGAAACAGGAUGUCUUGAAAAACAUACCUUCAAAACGAGAGUUGAUUGUCCGCGUCGAGCUUAGUCCAAUGCAACAGAAAUACUAUCGGUGGAUCCUGACACGGAAUUUCGAGAAACUGAACACCCGAGGAGCCCAACCUGUGUCACUCCUCAACGUAAUGAUGGACUUGAAGAAAUGCUGCAACCACCCCUACCUUUUCCCCACUGCCCAGCAGGAGGCACCUCUGACUGCCACUGGAUACUAUGAGGGAAAGGCACUCAUACAAGCAGGUGGAAAAUUCAUCAUCCUCGAGAAAAUGCUGAAGGAACUGAAAAAACAGGGUCACCGGGUGCUUAUCUUCUCACAGAUGACUCGAAUGCUGGACAUUCUGGAGGAUUUCCUGGAGUACCUUGGCUACCAUUUCGAGCGUAUCGAUGGCAACGUGACUGGUCCGGAGAGACAGCAGAGCAUCGACCGAUUCAACGCUCCCGGUGCCACUCAGUUUGUGUUCCUGCUCUCCACGAGGGCAGGAGGACUGGGUAUCAACCUGGCCACUGCUGAUACUGUCAUCAUCUACGACUCGGACUGGAACCCUCACAAUGACAUACAGGCGUUCAGUAGAGCCCACAGGAUUGGGCAGGCCAACAAAGUAAUGAUCUAUCGUUUCGUGACGCGAUCGUCGGUGGAGGAGAGGAUCACGGAGGUGGCAAAGAGGAAGAUGAUGCUGACUCACCUGGUGGUGCGCCCGGGGAUGGGCAGCGCGGCGACACAGGCGCUGUCCAAGAGAGAACUGGACGACAUUCUGAGAUUUGGGACCGAAGAUCUCUUCAAAGAGGAGCCUGCUGGAGACCAGGAAUCAACCAGCAUCCACUAUGACGAUGGCGCAAUAAGAGCUCUUCUCGACCGUAGUGGCGAUAUCACCGACGGAGAAUCGGAAAUCGGACAGCAAAACAUACUCGCAAACGACUAUCUCUCUUCUUUCAAGGUUGCGUCGUAUGUUAUGAAGGAAAAGGGAGAAGAAGCCGAGACAGAAACUACUGAAAUUAUCAAAGAGGAGGCCCAGGCGGACCCUGAUUUCUGGGAGCGGUUGCUACGGCAUCACUACGAGCAACAGAGAGAGGUGGAGGCGGCUACACUGGGGAAAGGGAAGAGGGUUCGUAAGCAGGUGAACUAUCUUGAUGCAAGUGCAGCAGACUUGAGAGCUCUGGACAGCGACCAGUCCAGCUACAAGCAGUCGGAGGAAGAGGAGAGCGAGCUGGAGUCCGACGUGGAGGACGUCGAGUUCUCUCUUGGUAAGAAGAAACAGUUGAAACCCAUGCCACUGGUUGCUCAAACAGAAGGCCUACCGCCACUCCUCUCCAAAAUCAAUGGAACGAUACAUGUCCUGGGCUUUACUCCGAGGAUGAGAAAGGCUUUCCUCAAUUCGGUCAUGAGGUUUGGGAUUCCCACCUCCGGGAGUUUCCAAAGCAACUGGAAGCCGAAAGAGCUGAAGAACAUAUCAGAGAAUGUGUUCAAUGCCUACACCAACAUGUUCCUGAAACACGUCUGUGAACCUGCUCUCCCCAACUCCGACACAUUCUCCGACGGAGUCCCGCGAGAGUCUCUCUCACGGCAGCUGGUCCUCACCAGGAUCGGCACCAUGAGACUUGUACAGAACAAGGUUGCGCAGUACUCGACCAUCAACGGAACUCACAGUGAGACUCAGACUCAGCACUCCUCCGUCAUUCAGGAACCUCCCGCAAAACCUGUCUCCGGCUCCACCCUCGUCCUAAAUGGCCACGCCCCCUCUGCAUCUUCCUCUUCGGAG